GGAGACGCACGAUGGGCAAGGAGACUGAGGUACUACUUCCACCUGCCUCCCUCGCUCCCACCCUCAGAUCUCCCUCCUACCUUUCUCUAAAUCGCGCCCCCUCCUACCUUUCUCUCGUCACAUUAGACCUUCCAGAUCUCACCAACCUCUUACCAGCCGGCGUUUCUGCCUCUCUCAGUGCCGGAGCUUCACGACGCGGUCUCUUAUCUGUUCGGGGUGAUCCAUCCGACCCCCCGGAUCCUCCGCAAAGACGGUGCCUUUCUGGUUGUUCUCGGCACUAUCCAUGGAUGAAGGUUUAGCGCGACGGCAGUGAGGUCAGCGUGUGGAGUUCCUGGGUUGAGUUGUUGCAGCGAGAGACUUUGGGGAAGGGCGCACGGCGGCGAGAUGCGGGGUUCCGAGAUGCGGAGGCGGGCACCAGAGUACCGGCGGCAGUCGCGGCGGCGGCUGCCGGGAUGGAUCUGGUGGCUCGUUGGGAUCUUCCUUGUGGUUGGGCUCAUGCUCUUCGUCCUGCACCACAACCAGAAGGAGCAGUUCCGGCCGCCCGUCAUAAAUGAAGGGUCAGAAACUGAAGAAGUUUCUCCUGAGAAAGUUAAUUUCACUGAAGAGCUUUUAAGCAGUACAUCUUUUGCACGGCAAUUAGCAGACCAAAUGACUCUAGCAAAGGCCUAUGUUAUCCUUGCGAAAGAGCAUGGCAACCUUCAGCUUGCAUGGGAACUUAGUUCCCAAAUAAGGAAUUCUCAAAGAUUGCUCUCUCAAGGGGCUGUUAGUGGGAGAGCCAUCACUCAGGAAGAAGCCCAUCCUAUAAUAACUCGGCUGGCACGGUUAAUAUACAAAGCGCAGGACUCUCAUUAUGAUAUCAGCACCACAAUGGUGACACUCAAGAGCCAUGCCCUCGCACUAGAGGAGCGUGCAAAGGCAGCAGUUGUUCAGACUGCCGAGUUUGGUCAGUUAGCUGCAGAAUCACUUCCCAAGAAUAUCCAUUGUUUAACGGUGAAACUGACAGAAGAGUGGCUUCAGAACCCAAAACUAAGGAGUCGUUCAGAGGAGCACAGGAAUUCCACACGGUUGGUAGACAAUAAUCUGUAUCAUUUCUGUAUAUUCUCGGAUAAUGUGCUGGCCACUUCAGUUGUUGUCAAUUCUACAGUGUCAAAUGCAAACCACCCUCAGCAGCUUGUGUUUCAUGUAGUCACAGACAGGAUCAAUUUUGGUGCUAUGUCAACCUGGUUCCUGAUAAAUGACUUCAAAGGGUGUACUGUCGAAGUCCACUGCAUAGAAGAGUUCUCAUGGUUGAAUGCUGCUUCUUCUUCUCUUGUCAGGCGGCUGUCCGAGAUGGAAACAAAGGGUUCCUCUGGUGGUUUGAAGACACAAGAACGGGAAAUAAAGUUCCAUAAUCCGAAGUUUGUUUCUCUGCUGAACCAUUUACGGUUUUACAUCCCUCAAAUACUCCCCAACCUGGAGAAGGUGGUUUUUCUUGAUGAUGAUGUUGUGGUGCAAAAGGACUUGACACAGCUUUUUUCCAUAGAAUUGCAUGGUAAUGUUAUUGGAGCAGUGGAGACUUGUUUAGAGUCAUUUCAUCGGUAUCACAAAUAUCUUAAUUUCUCGCAACCAAUAAUCAGCUCAAAGAUUGAUCCACAUACUUGUGGGUGGGCUUUUGGAAUGAACAUAUUUGACCUAAUUGCUUGGAGGAAAGCAAAUGCAACAUCGCUUUAUCAUUAUUGGCAGGAGCAAAAUGCUGAUCAAUUGCUUUGGAGAACGGGCACACUUCCAGCAGGCCUUUUGACAUUUUAUGGCCUAAUGGAGCCCCUAGACCGGAGAUGGCACGUAUUGGGUCUUGGGUAUGAUGUAGACAUAGAUGACCGCUUGAUUGAGAGUGCUGCUGUUGUGCAUUAUAAUGGGAACAUGAAACCCUGGCUGAAGUUGGCCAUUCACCGGUACAAGUCUAUAUGGGAGCGGCAUGUCAAUUUCUCGCACCCACAUGUUAGAGAGUGUAUGUUUCACUAGGGAGUGUGCAAUCUCUGUUCACCAUCAAUGGUCUUCCACGGCACUGAAGCUAGAAACUUCAGUUUCUUUAAUAGGAUUGCUUUUGAGCACCCUAGUUUCGAAAUUCUUUUGAGCACCCUAGUUUCGAAAUCUUCCAGAGCUAGAUUAUAUACUCAACAGGCAUCAUCAAAGAAUUCAACUGUUUUGGGUGGGGGAAGAUUUAUUUUGAGAAGAAAAUAAUUCAGUUGCAGAUUUUUACAUACAAUUCGGUCUGGAAGUUUUAGCAGUCUAAUGAGAUUACCUGGAUAGAUAUUGUAAAGGAGAUACAGUUGUUGGAUUGAUGGGUCAUUUUUUGAGAUGUUAGAAAAUGCCAAUUGCCAAAUCAGCUGUGCAGAGCUUACUGGUGUUCAUUCUUUUCAGGCUAUUGUAUUUUAUACUGUACCGUUGAGGAAUGUCUUCCUUUUCCUUUUUGUAUAAACAGUUCAGUAUUCUUCACAGUACGAACUCGGCUCAACUGGAGAUAUAGGAAAGUUAAGUAAUUUUGAUGUUCAGAAA